AAUUGAUGCGUUUUUGACCGUGGCCCUGCCGUAAAUACAAAUUUCACACUUGGGGUUCACGUUGUGGUAAUUUUCUUCGUGGGACAUUCGGCAAUUGACACAACAGAAAAUUUUCGAACAUAAACGACAGUUAUUCUAAAAUUGGUUUAUAAGUUUAAUUUGAUACUUUUUGUUACUUACGUCUUCAAAUCUGUUCAUUUUUUUCAAAUUGCCGCUACAAAAACCCGCCAAACUCGAUCGGUAACUUUUGAUUUUUUUAACACACAAACUACACUAAAAUUCCUGAAACCGCCUAAGCCGACUUAUUUAAGGGCACAAAACUGAAUUUAAUACACGAAUUAGUUGAGUAUUGUCGAUGGGAGAUUAUAAUUUAUUUAAAAUUCCACUUUGUCUACCAUCAGCCAUGUUUGUUUUUAUAAACAGCCGGUAAUCUGGCGUUUUUCUAUGUUUUCUUCAUGAAAUUUAAUCUCUUUUGAGAUAUGUAUUGAAAGCGGUGUUUCUUUGCUGUCUGAUAAGGUGUUAGAAAUGAGUGGGGCUGUUUAUGGGGGCGACGAAGUUGGGGCUCUUGUCUUCGACAUUGGGCACAACUCGACUAGGGCGGGGUUCGGCGGUGAGGAUAGCCCCAAGUUGGACAUUCCCUCGACUGUGGGGGUCUGGCUCGACUCCCACGACGAUGUCACCCAAAAGCGGUACAACAUCGGCAUCACGUCGAUUAACGUUAGAAGAUCCGAAAUGGAGCUGACGACGUUUUUGAAGGACGGUAUGGUUGAGAAUUGGGAGAUUUUUGAGAAUUUUUUGGAUUAUAUAUACAGUAACGCUUUGCGGGCGGUGCCAAACGACCACCCGCUGCUUAUCACUGAGCCGCCAUGGGUGACGGCCCCUAAGAGGGAGCAGUUAACAGAGUUAAUGUUUGAGAAGUACAAUGUUCCUGCUCUUUAUUUAGCUAAGAACGCAUCCCUCGCUGCCUUCGCCAAUGGGCGUCCGACUUGCCUUGUUGUUGAUAGCGGAGCUACGCACACGUCCGCUGUUCCUGUACAUGACGGUUUUGUGCUGACACAAGCUGUGGUUAAGUCUCCAGCUGGUGGAGAUUAUUUGAGCACACAAUGUCGCAAUUAUUUAACUGAGAAAGGAAUUGAAAUUGUCCCUCCUUGCAUGGUAGCCUCGAAAGAACUUACUAAAGCUGAAGAAGCGCCCAAUUUCAAACGGAGACUCUUCCAAGCCAAGCUCACCGACUCCUGGCACAAUUACAUGAUCAAACAAGUUAUGCAAGACUUUCAAGCUUCAGUGUUACAAGUUUCUGAUAAUUUGUACGACGAAGAAGUUGUUAAAACCAUGCCGGCUAUUCACUAUGAAUUCCCUAAUGGUUUUCAUAAAGAUUUCGGUGUUGAACGCUUUAAAAUCCCUGAACCGCUUUUUAACCCCAUUGCUGGGACUAAAUCGGGUAUACAACCCACGCUAGGGGUUGGCCCUUUGGUCACAACCAGUGUGGGUAUGUGCGAUAUUGAUAUCAGACCGGCGAUGUAUGGGAGUGUCGUAGUGACUGGGGGAAAUUCAAAUUUGCAAGGAUUUACCGAACGGUUGAAUCGUGAUUUGGCCGCAAAAACACCUCCGAGUAUGCGCUUGAAGAUAAUUAGUGCUCCUGGUGCCACUGAGAGGAAAUUUGGGGCCUGGUCAGGGGGCUCGAUUUUGACAUCUUUGGGUUCGUUCCAACAACUUUGGGUCUCCAAACAGGAGUAUGACGACGGGGGCAAGGCCAUAGUGCAAUCAAAAUGUUUGUAACUCGCCUCGUAUUUACUUUAUUCAGUAUUAUUUUUAUUUUGGUGUGAUAAAAUUUACAGUAUUUAAGGCCUAACGAUCAACGAUUAUUUUGGAUUAAUUUUUUGCGAAUUUGUGAUAUAUUUGUUGAAAUACUUGUGGCAAUAUUUUUGUACUGUCAUGUUCCUAUUAAGUGUUCAUUUGAUUAAGUUUUUAUAAGUCUGAGUGAUUAGUCACACUAAUCAAGGUUUCAAACCUAUGACAUUGUCUGUAUAGGUUUGAAACGGAUGUUAUAAUACUCCAUUAAAAUUUUUGUGAUUUCUCGAUGUGCCAAUAAAAUUUGCCAAAUCAAA